UCCAAAAACCCUUCGAGGGGUUUCUGGACGUUGAAUCAAGCAUUCAAAGCUGCCUUUUCUGUCUUCUCUUCACUCGAUCCUCUCUGCUAAUUUAGUACUUCUGUUCUAAUCAAGUUAAGAUCGAAGCGGAAAAUGCAUGCCCCUGUCCUCGUUCUCAAAGAUUCAUUGAAGCGGGAGUCUGGAAACAAGGUGCACUAUGGUAAUAUUCAAGCUUCGAAGGCUGUCGCUGAUAUUAUUCGUACUACUUUGGGUCCACGAUCUAUGCUGAAGAUGCUGCUUGAUGCAACUGGAGGUAUUGUGGUGACGAAUGAUGGAAAUGCUAUUCUCCGAGAGUUAGAUAUUGCACAUCCUGCGGCGAAGUCGAUGAUUGAGCUAAGCCGAACUCAGGACGAGGAGGUAGGAGAUGGAACAACAUCUGUUAUCGUUCUUGCUGGUGAAAUGCUCCACGUCGCAGAAGCCUUCAUUGACAAAAACUAUCAUCCUACAGUCAUCUGUCGAGCUUAUAAUAAAGCUCUAGAGGAUGCCAUUGCCGUGCUUGACAAAAUUGCUGUGACUGUCGACGUGAAGGAUCGUGCAUCUAUGUUAGGACUUGUCAAGAGUUCUAUUGGGACAAAAUUUACUAGUCAAUUUGGGGAUCUGAUAGCAGAUUUAGCAAUAGAUGCCACAACCACAGUUGGUGUGGAUCUUGGCCAAGGUCUACGUGAGGUCGAUAUCAAGAAGUACAUUAAGGUAGAAAAGGUUCCUGGUGGCCAGUUGGAGGAUUCAAUGGUUUUGAAAGGAGUCAUGUUUAACAAGGACGUUGUUGCUCCGGGUAAAAUGAGAAGAAAAAUACUAAAUCCAAGAAUCAUCCUUCUUGAUUGCCCCCUUGAGUACAAGAAAGGAGAGAACCAAACCAAUGCCGAAUUGUUAAGAGAAGAAGAUUGGAGUGUCUUGCUAAAAAUUGAAGAAGAAUACGUAGAGAACCUAUGCAUGCAGAUAUUGAAGUUUAGACCAGAUUUGGUAAUAACUGAAAAGGGGCUUAGUGAUCUGGCCUGCCAUUAUCUAAGUAAAGCCGGUGUCAGUGCAAUCAGAAGGCUUAGGAAGACGGACAAUAACAGAAUUGCCAAGGCAUGUGGGGCAGUUAUUGUUAAUAGACCCGAUGAGUUGCAGGAAUCUGAUGUUGGUACUGGUGCUGGUCUAUUCGAGGUGAAGAAAAUUGGAGAUGAGUACUUUGCAUUCAUUGUUGAUUGCAAAGAUCCAAAAGCAUGCACAGUACUUUUGAGGGGUGCUAGCAAGGAUCUUCUGAAUGAAGUGGAGAGAAAUUUGCAGGAUGCAAUGUCAGUAGCAAGAAAUAUAAUAAAAAAUCCAAAACUUGUUCCUGGUGGAGGUGCUACUGAGUUGACUGUCUCUGCUAUGUUGAAGCUAAGAAGUUCUUCUAUUGAAGGCAUAGAAAAGUGGCCUUAUGAAGCUGCUGCAAUUGCUUUUGAGGCUAUACCACGGACUUUGGCACAGAACUGUGGAGUCAACGUGAUUCGAACUAUGACUGCCUUGCAAGGAAAGCAUGCAAAUGGUGAGAACGCAUGGAUUGGCAUAGAUGGGAAUACCGGUGAAAUUGCUGAUAUGGAAGAGCGCAAGAUAUGGGAUUCGUACACUGUGAAGGCACAGGCAUUCAAGACUGCCAUAGAAGCCUCUUGCAUGCUUCUGAGAAUUGACGAUAUAGUGAGUGGAAUCAAGAAGAAGCAGGCACCUGGAGCAAGCCAAGGUCCAUCAAAGCCUAAAAUCGAGGAGGAAGGUGAUGCUGACAACGAGCAAAUGAUUCCUGAAUAACCAUAAAUCGAGAUUGGAAGACAGUUGAGUAAAAGUGUAAACAGUUACUGGGAUUUUGAUCAAGUUGAUUCCUGACAGUUUUGGCGGAAUGAGUGUAUUUGCUGUGUGUUCCGCUUGUGGUUUUGUGUUAGCUGUAAAACAAGUCUUGUAACUGUAGGAGGAACUUGCAGACCAGUUGCACUUGGUAGUCUUCCUUUUCAUUUUUAUUUUUAUUUUUAUUUCUAUUUCCCGAGUUAAUACUUUAUGUAUCUGAAUUCUGAUAAUGCUUAGGUUUCAAACGAACUUACUAUUUGGUUUGUAAUUCUCGAGAUACUGUUUUCUCGCGAUUUUAGUUUCUAAUAUUAAUAUGGUCGAUGAAAAA